CGCUCAGUGUGCGUGGAGAUUAGGUCCGAGCGCCCGCCGUCCCCGAGCUCCCGCCGUCCCCGUCGCCGCCUGCAGCGGCCUCCGCGAGCAGCAGCAGCAGCAGCAGCAGCACCGCGGCGGAACCGGGCGCCGGGGAGCCAGCCCGGCACCGCCAGCUCAGCCUUGCCCGGCCGACUCCCUGCGCACGCCCGGGCAGCCCCCGCCACUAUCGCCCGGAGAGAAGGUGGAGGAAGAAAUCCAGUCCCCGGCACGCCUGCACCAUCAUGGACCAUUAUGAUUCUCAGCAAACCAACGACUACAUGCAGCCCGAAGAGGACUGGGACCGGGACCUGCUUCUGGAUCCGGCCUGGGAGAAGCAGCAGCGAAAGACAUUCACAGCAUGGUGCAAUUCCCACCUCCGGAAGGCCGGCACUCAGAUCGAGAACAUAGAGGAGGACUUCCGGGAUGGCCUGAAGCUCAUGCUGCUGUUGGAGGUUAUCUCAGGUGAGCGCCUGGCCAAGCCAGAAAGAGGCAAGAUGCGGGUACACAAGAUCUCCAAUGUCAACAAGGCCCUAGAUUUCAUCGCCAGCAAGGGGGUCAAGCUGGUGUCCAUUGGAGCGGAAGAAAUCGUGGACGGGAACGUGAAAAUGACCCUGGGUAUGAUCUGGACCAUCAUCCUUCGCUUUGCCAUCCAGGACAUCUCCGUAGAAGAGACUUCUGCCAAGGAAGGGCUGCUCCUGUGGUGUCAGAGGAAGACGGCCCCUUACAAAAAUGUCAACAUCCAGAACUUCCACAUCAGCUGGAAGGAUGGCCUUGGCUUCUGUGCCUUGAUUCACCGACACCGGCCAGAACUGAUUGACUAUGGGAAGCUGCGGAAGGACGAUCCACUCACAAACCUGAACACAGCCUUUGAUGUGGCAGAGAAGUACCUGGACAUCCCCAAGAUGCUGGACGCUGAAGACAUUGUUGGAACCGCCCGGCCAGAUGAGAAAGCCAUCAUGACAUAUGUGUCCAGCUUCUACCACGCCUUCUCUGGAGCCCAGAAGGCGGAGACCGCAGCCAAUCGCAUCUGCAAGGUGUUGGCCGUCAACCAGGAGAAUGAACAGCUUAUGGAAGACUAUGAGAAGCUGGCCAGCGAUCUGUUGGAGUGGAUCCGCCGUACCAUUCCAUGGCUAGAAAACCGCGUGCCCGAGAACACCAUGCACGCCAUGCAGCAGAAGCUGGAGGACUUCCGUGACUACCGGCGCCUGCACAAGCCACCCAAGGUGCAGGAGAAAUGUCAGCUGGAGAUCAACUUCAACACACUGCAGACCAAGCUGCGCCUCAGCAACCGACCUGCCUUCAUGCCCUCCGAGGGCAGGAUGGUCUCGGACAUCAACAAUGCUUGGGGCUGCCUGGAACAGGCGGAAAAGGGCUAUGAGGAAUGGCUUCUGAAUGAGAUCCGGAGGCUGGAGCGGCUCGACCACUUGGCAGAGAAGUUCCGGCAGAAGGCCUCCAUCCACGAGGCUUGGACAGAUGGCAAAGAGGCCAUGCUGCGGCAGAAAGAUUAUGAGACGGCCACCCUGUCAGAGAUCAAGGCCCUGCUCAAGAAGCAUGAGGCCUUCGAGAGUGACCUAGCUGCUCACCAAGAUCGCGUGGAGCAGAUUGCCGCCAUCGCACAGGAGCUCAAUGAGCUGGACUAUUACGACUCACCCAGUGUCAACGCUCGUUGUCAAAAGAUCUGUGACCAGUGGGACAAUCUAGGGGCCCUGACUCAGAAGCGGAGGGAAGCUCUAGAGCGGACAGAGAAGCUGCUGGAGACCAUUGACCAGCUGUACUUGGAGUACGCCAAGCGGGCUGCACCCUUCAACAACUGGAUGGAAGGGGCCAUGGAAGACCUGCAGGACACUUUCAUUGUGCAUACCAUUGAGGAGAUCCAGGGACUGACCACAGCCCACGAGCAGUUCAAGGCCACCCUCCCUGAUGCUGACAAGGAGCGCCUGGCUAUCUUGGGUAUCCACAAUGAGGUGUCCAAGAUUGUCCAGACCUAUCAUGUCAACAUGGCAGGCACCAAUCCCUACACAAGCAUUGCACCUCAGGAGAUCAAUGGCAAAUGGGACCAUGUUCGGCAGCUGGUGCCCCGGAGAGACCAAGCUCUGACGGAAGAGCAUGCCCGCCAGCAGCAUAAUGAGAGGCUACGCAAACAGUUUGGAGCCCAGGCCAAUGUCAUUGGGCCCUGGAUCCAGACCAAAAUGGAGGAGAUCGGCAGGAUCUCUAUUGAGAUGCACGGGACCUUGGAGGACCAGCUCAAUCACCUGCGGCAGUACGAGAAGAGCAUCGUCAACUACAAGCCAAAGAUCGACCAACUGGAGUGCGACCACCAGCUGAUCCAGGAGGCGCUCAUCUUCGACAACAAGCACACCAACUACACCAUGGAGCACAUCCGCGUGGGCUGGGAGCAGCUGCUCACCACCAUUGCCAGGACCAUCAAUGAGGUGGAGAAUCAGAUCUUGACCCGAGAUGCCAAAGGCAUCAGCCAGGAGCAGAUGAAUGAGUUCCGGGCCUCCUUCAACCACUUUGACCGGGAUCACUCCGGCACGCUGGGUCCCGAGGAGUUCAAAGCCUGCCUCAUCAGCUUGGGUUAUGAUAUUGGCAACGACCCCCAGAAGAAGACAGGCAUGAUGGACACGGAUGAUUUCCGCGCCUGCCUGAUCUCCAUGGGUUACAACAUGGGAGAGGCAGAAUUUGCCCGCAUCAUGAGCAUUGUGGACCCCAACCGCCUGGGGGUAGUGACAUUCCAAGCCUUCAUUGACUUCAUGUCCCGAGAGACUGCUGACACAGAUACUGCAGAUCAAGUCAUGGCUUCCUUCAAGAUCCUGGCUGGGGACAAGAACUACAUCACCGUGGAUGAACUGCGCCGGGAGCUGCCGCCGGACCAGGCCGAAUACUGCAUCGCUAGAAUGGCACCCUAUGCCGGCCCCGACUCUGUGCCCGGUGCUCUGGAUUACAUGUCCUUCUCCACGGCGCUGUACGGCGAGAGUGACCUCUAACCUGCCCGUCGCGCUUGCGCACUCGCGCCCCACCGCCUCGGCCGCCCCGCCUCCCGCCCAGGUUCGGGUUUCCCACGCUCGGCCUCCCCGCGGGACGCGCGUGCGCAGCGACCCACGCGGCCUCCAGCCACCUUCCCCGCCAAGGGACAGUUUACAAAAAUAUUUUCUGCAAAAAAAUAAAAAAAAGAAAAAAUUACAUUAAAAA